AAUUCCCAUCUCAUCCCAGCAACAGCCCUUCCUGUAGGCUGUAUCUUUAUCUCUCUCUCUCUCUAAGAAGCCCGUGUGAUUUCUCUCUCCUCCUUUUCUCUCUCUCUCUCUCUCAUCGUUUGGUAUUUUUCUCUCUCUCUUUUCCCAUCUCGCGUUUCUCAUCCUCUUCCUAUCUUGCGCUUUCUCUCUCUAUCUCUUUCUCUCUCUAACUUCGCAGAUUCAUCGUUUUUCCGAUCUCUCCACUAUCAACCAUGAGUGAUGAGGGUGAGAAGACCUGUCCUCUCUGUGCUGAGGAGAUGGAUUUGACUGAUCAGCAAUUGAAGCCGUGCAAAUGUGGCUAUGAGAUUUGUGUGUGGUGUUGGCAUCACAUAAUGGACAUGGCUGAAAAGGAUGAGUCGGAGGGACGUUGCCCUGCUUGCCGUACUUCAUAUGAUAAGGAAAGGAUUGUAGGGAUGGCUUCAAACUGCGAAAGCAGGAUGGUGGCAGAGAUUAGUAUGGAAAAGAAGCACAAGUCACAAAAAGCUAAGACUAAAACAUCUGAAAGCAGGAAGCAGUUGAGUAGCGUUCGUGUUAUUCAAAGAAAUCUUGUCUACAUAGUGGGCUUACCACUAAAUCUUGCAGAUGAAGAUCUUCUUCAACAUAAAGAGUACUUUUCCCAGUAUGGAAAGGUUUUGAAAGUGUCCAUAUCCCGGACUUCCGCUGGCACUAUUCAGCAGUUUGCAAACAAUACGUGUAGUGUAUAUAUUACGUAUGGAAAAGAAGACGAAGCGAUUCGUUGCAUUCAGUCAGUUCAUGGGUUUAUUUUGGAUGGACGACCUUUGAGGGCAUGCUUCGGAACCACAAAAUAUUGUCAUGCAUGGUUGAGGAAUGUGCCCUGCAGCAAUCCGGACUGUCUCUACUUGCACGAGAUUGGUUCACAAGAGGAUAGCUUCACGAAAGAUGAAAUUAUAUCUGCAUAUACAAGUAGAGUUCAGCAAAUUACCGGGGUCACAAAUAGUAUGCAACGGCGUUCAGGAAAUUUUUUGCCUCCCCCAGCGGACGAUUAUUCCAAUAACACUUCUGCUAUAAUAGGGAAGCAGACUGUUAAAACUUCUUCAAAUAAUUCAGCUAGCUGCACCAGAGAUUCACCUCCCAAUAGUAGUUCUGGUAGAUCUGCCGCUCUGCCCCCAGCAGCCUCAUGGGGAGCACGUGUUUCUAAUUGCAAUCCUCCGACUGUAAGCUUGGCUUGCUCAAAUGGAUCAACCAAGCAGAAGGCUGAAACAAUUCAUGGAUCACCAGUGCUUUCAACAACGGUUUCUGGCUCCAUACAAUCUUCUAUUGCUCCCACUGAUAUUGGAAAGACGCAGAUCGUAAAUGAAGAAACUCAUGCAAAGCAAAUUAAAAGUAAAUUGGAAAUUCCAGAUACAGCGAAGCAGCAUGCUGCUAUUAAUCUUCAGAAAAAUGUUUCAGAGGUGUCUUCUACAUUUUCGGGUACUCCAGCUGGAAAGUCAACAAGCCAGUCAUCUUUUUUACCAGCAAGUGGUAGUCAUUUAGAAGGUAGUGAGCAGCUAAAUUAUAAACAAUCUGUAGAUGGACAACCGGGUUCUUGUGAAGACAAGGGGAGUAGUUCUGUAAUGGAUGGAAAGAUUCAGAACCUAUGCGCUGGGAUAUCAUCUAUUAGCACUGACAAACAAUUAAAUAGUGAACAUUCAGAGGUUAGCAUACCUAAUGGUUUGAGCUUGGAUAAUUUCUUAUCAUCUAGGAAUCAAGGUUCACAGUGGCAUGAUUCUAAGAAGCUUCAGGAGCAUUUAUCCUCUACUACUAGCAAAGCUACGACUUCUGUUGACUCAUUGACUGCGCCAAGAGAAAGGUCUGAAUUGAGAUCAGAUACACAAAAUAUGACUUCAGAAACAGAAGAUGACUUUAAUAACCAAAGACUUCGGGAUGCCAUAGUUGUCAAUCAGACAGCUUUACCCACAUCAUCUCCACUUCAUCUUUUAAGCCAUUUGAUGGUUCCUCUACAGCCGCAUGCUGAUGUGGAUUGUGCAGUAAAUUAUACCAUUAAUCCUCCAAUUGUAAAUAGAAUAACUGAUGAUAGUUUGGCAACAGAUGUAUCUAGUGCAUCUGUGGCUUCUAAUGGAUUCCUAGAUCGUUUUGUCAGCCAGGAUAGUUCGUCGCUAUUGAAAAGUGGACAAGGGAACUAUGUAGGAAGAUUUGAUGGUGAGUUUGCUAAUGUUGACUCACAGCCCGCCAUGGACAUGGGAGAGAACAACAUAAUAUCUAAUAUUCUGUCCUUGGACCUUGAUUCUUGGGAUGACCCCUUGACGUCUCCACAAAAUUUAGCCAAAUUGUUGCGUGAAAAUGACAAGCAAGAGGGUCCUGUUAAAAUGGCAGGUUCCUGGAAAGGUCAAAAUAGCAAUCAGUCCAGAUUUUCUUUUGCAAGGCAGGAGGACUCCAGAAAUCAUUUGUUUAAUAUUGAGCCUUCACUUGGCAAUAUUGGCCAAGCAGGAAAUAAUUCCUCUUUUGGUCACGAAUUUCUUGGGAACAGAGACCCGUAUCUGGAAAGAAUUGGUAAUGGUUUUGGAUUUCCUCAUCGCAAUUUUGAGUCAUCGGAUGGUUUGACUAGUGGCCAUUCCAUUUUUCCUUCCAGCAAGCUUUCUCUCUCUAGAUCUCAGAUUUCAGCUCCACCUGGUUUCUCUGCACCAAGUAGGCCACCCCCACCAGGUUUUACUUCGCAUGAAAGAAGUGAUCACACUUUUGAUCUACUGAAGUCUGGAAACCAUUUGGUGGAAACAUCUUCAUUCUUGAGAAAUCCUUACCAGGCAUCACCAAGCGGAAACAUAAGUACUGCUAAUGAUAUUGAAUUUAUAGAUCCUGCAAUUCUGGCUGUUGGUAAAGGGAGGCUUCCUACUGGGUUCAACAAUUCCUCAUUAGACAUGAGGCCGGGUUUUCCUGCACAGACGCCUGCAUUUGAAAAUGAUUCAAGACUUCAGUUAUUGAUGCAAAGAUCUCUUUCACCCAAUCAGAAUCUCAGAUAUAAUGAUGUUAGGGAUAACUUCUCUCCUCCAAAUGAUGCAUAUGGCUUUCCCUCGCGACAUAUGGAGCAGUCUCAAGCUAGUAAUCAUGCCCCCUUUUCACAAUUUUCAAUUCAACAGCCUAGAAAUACUGUAAACUCCAAUGGCCCCUGGGAUAGCUGGAGUGAAAUUCAAGCUGCAAAUGAAAUUGGCAUAGCAGAGCUCCUUAGAAAUGAGAGGUUGGGAAUUAACAAAUUCUAUGGUGGCUAUGAAGAUGCCAAGUUUCGAAUGACCAAUUCAGGAGAUCUAUACAAUAGGAGUUUUGGGAUGUGAUUAUCAUCCUAAUUCUUUUGGCUUUGAAUGCCAACUUCUAUAGAUGGAGACGCAUAAAUACCCUGUCUCAGAGAAUAGUGUUAUGCUCUGGGGCUGGCAGUCUAAUUUUUUUGACUAGUCUCUUUGGGCAGCUUGACGGAGAAUCAUAUAUUUUUUAAAGGCCGAUAAUUGGAGCCUACAGCUGAUGAUAUGGUGUGGGGUGGAACGCAUGGAUGAUCACUUGCUGUAUUCUUGAGACUGGGUUGUGAUGAUGGUGUGACAUAGAUUCCAACUGGACGCCAGCUUUAUUUUUAGAGUUAGUUUUGUCGGAAUCAUGUGUUAGAUUUGGCGUCAAAUUGCACAUCUAUGUGCUAAAAGUGGAAAAGGAUCCUUCUUCUUAAGUAGCAGGUCUCCGCUGCUUCAGGGUGGGACACAAGCUAUUGAUGUUGUACUGUCUGGUCCUUUUGUGAGAUCAUCCAUUCUGCUGUCUGCUCCCACUCAGAUCGAUGCUCCUAAUUCUGUGAGUGAGAUGGAAAUACAAUUUUUUUUCCGUUGGUAAUGCAUUAAUUUUAAUGGGUUAGUGCUGUUGAUAAUAUGGUAUAUACUCUAAUUAGCUUUAUCCUACUCAGUGAGCUUUUUUUGGUGUUCCAUGGUAUUGAAUUAUCAAAAGUGAAUUAGAAGGAUUUGUGCUUAUCAAUUUUGACUUGAUAUAUGUACUUCUGUCUUUGUGUGCAUUUUAUGCAAUUUACUCAAAAGUUUGCGCAAAUGCCAAGCUAACUUCCCUACAGAGGUCGUGCAUUGGAGAUUGAUGUCACCAGCAAAUACUAUUCUUAGUUUGUUUUGUGGUGUUGAAAUCUGGGAUUAUCAUAAUUGGACACCUCCAAAGUGGGUUAGUAUGGCUUAAUAUAUUGUUGUUUACUUGGUGCUACCAAAUACUUCGCAUCUGUUGAGACAAUAAAUUACAGUUGAAGCAACAAUGGUUCUGCUCAAUUUUUCUACGUACAUCCUGAUUUCUGAGCACUGAAGAGUUGAGCUGUUUCUCAUUAUAUGAAGAAAACCCAGUGGCAUGUCUUGGAAAGCUGCUGGUUUGGGGCGCAAUUGCCAGGUCAUGUUUGUUUUGUGAGUCUUAUGGUGAAGUACACUGGAAUGAAAUAAGUUUUGAUUUGUUUCUUAAAUAGUUUUCAAUUGAAAAUGCAGUUGUUUAGAAAUGAUUUUUAUAGUUUAAACCAAUUAGAUUGCUGUAGAAGAUUUGAAACCACGAUCAAGUGACCAGCUUUUGUUCAUCAGCAAAUAGAGAUGUGUCCUUUUUGCCCUA